UCUAAUUCAUACAACUUGGAAUAUCUCUCUUGGCAUAUUAUUCCCUUCUCAACUUUGUUCAAACCGUUAUUUAAUACAUAUUUACCUCCUCAAUUCCCUCCCAGUCUUUCUCUCUCCUUAACUAGUGCAUUACAAUAUGCACACCCUCCAAUUCUUAAUGUGCGAAUUUUUUCAAUUUGAGCAAUUCGUCGAAAGUUUGAAAAGGGCUGCUGCACUGAACCUUUGAUACCACAACAACAAACACAUCUAUCAUCAUGGCCAACACACAAUUCACCUUAUCCGACGAAUCCAAGGAAAGAAUCGUCAAGGUCUUGGACUACUCCAAGACUGUUGCUCACUACGGUUUCAUCCCAUUUGUGUUGUACUUGGGCUGGUCCGCCACCCCAAACAAGCCUUCUUUGUUCAACUUGUUGAGUCCUUUCCCAUCUGCUUAGAUGGUCAGUUUAUAGCUGAGUACUUGUAUAUAAGAGAAUAAAAAGCAUGGA